AUGAGUCGUCAAAGGUUUGAGAUCAUUCUAGUGGCCCUGCGCUUCACACAACCGUCAGGCCUUGAUGAUUCUGACAAAUGGCGUAACACCAGAACACUAAUAAUAAUGGUGAAUGAUAAACUAAAGGAUACCAUCCGCCCUGGUGCAAAAACAACUGUAGAUGAAUCCAUGUUCGCCUGGUAUGGAAGAGGUGCGUACUUCAAAGACGGGAUGCCACCAGUUAUGAAAAUUAAAAGAAAACCAAAAGGAGUGGGUUGUGAAGUAAAAACAGCGUGUAAUAGUAAUACAAAAAUUAUGAUGAGAUUGGAAAUUAAUGAGAGUAAAGAAGCAAUUAGUACGAAGAAAUGGCAAAGAGAAUUUGGCGCUGGAACUGCAACUACUUUGAGAUUGACAGAACCGUGGCGUGGUUCUGGAAAAGUUAUAGUUGGAGACUCAUGGUUUGCUUCGGUGAAAACAGCUGUGGAGUUAUUCAAAGUUGGAUUAUAUUUCAUUGGACUGGUAAAGACAGCACACAGUUUCUAUCUCGUAUCGGAUAUGGCUGCAGAGUGUGCGACGCACAAGGGGGCAUCUGUUGUAAGUAAAACUGAAAAAGACUCAGUGCAGCUUAUUGCCUGUGCCUGGAAUGACAAAAAAACUCCUACAUUUGUUUCCACUUGCGAAACGAUACUGCCAAGCCUGCCAUCACGCAAAAGAUGUUAUGACGAUGAAGGAAAUUUAUUUUUCAGAGAAGUCGCUAGGCCUAAAUUAGUCCAACAGUAUUUUGAUGGUGCUGCAGCUAUCGAUAUUCACAACAACAUCAGGCAGGACGGAUUGGCGUUAGAGAAAGCUUAG